GGAGUUCAGGAUGCAGUUGACUCGGAGCUCAGGGAGAUGGCUAGCAAGCCCUAUGACUCUCAUGUGUUCAGUGUAGACUCUUUUCUGACUUUACGGGAUAUAAUCCAAGAUUUAGUGGUGGGGAUUUGCGGCGCAGUGACCCAGUCAGUGGGUGGUCCUGUGGCAAACGAGGCACCCGUGGCUGGAGGAGGGACAGCACAAGAUUCCGCUGACCUAGUACUCUUAAUUGAUGGAUCUCAGAACGUUGGACCAGCAAACUUCCCCUAUGUGCGCGAUUUGGUUGUGAGAAUCAUUGAGAACCUUGAUGUGGGCAGGGACACUGUUCGGGUGGCCUUGGCCCUGUACAACGGCAGCCCAGAGAUAAAGUUCUAUCUAAAUAGCUAUGACAGCAAAUCAUCAGUCCUGGAAGCGGUGAAGGGCCUUGCCUACUCAGGGGGCGACGAGUCUAACCUGGGGUACGCCUUGGAGGAAGUGGCCAGUAGCCUUUUGAGCCAAUCAGCUGGGGGCAGGGCAGACGAGGGUGUGCCCCAAAUGUUGGUGAUUAUCAGUGCUGGGCCAUCCACUGAUGAUACUGGUGCUGGUGACCGGGCCCUUAAGCGGGCCAGCGUUAUCACAUUCGGCGCAUCGAUUGGUGACACGGCCACAGCAGAUCUGGAAGCAGUUGCUACAGAUAGAAGUUUUGUCCUGUCAGCCUCUGAUUUCAGAGCACUGUCAAGCAUGGGUGACCAGCUGCUCCCGUACCUUAACGGGGUGGUCCAGCGCACCAUUAUAGUUGAGAAUGAGUUCACAGAAGUUCUGGCAGUUGGAAAACGAGACAUAAUUUUCCUGAUUGACAGUACAAUGGGUGCAACGAUAAUCAACUCGGUACGCGAAUUCAUCAAGAAGUUUGUCGACAUCAUGCCCAUUGGUCCAGACCAAGUUCAAGUGGGUGUGGCUCAGUUCAGCAAUGCUGCUCGACUUGAGAUGGAUCUCAACACUCAUGGGUCCAAGGAGGCGCUAAUUGCUGCUUUGGGUACGAUCAAACCAAGACCCGGACAGACAGUCAACAUUGGAGCAGCCUUGGACUUUGUGCGGACAAAUAUGCUGCGGCCUGAGAGGGGGAGUCGUCUUCAACAGGGAGUACCCCAGGUCUUGCUUUUAAUGACCAGCAAAAAGUCCAGUGACAGUGUGGAUGCACCCGCUUUGGCCCUGCAGAGAAUGGGCGUAUUGACUCUGGCUGCUGGCUCCAAGGCUGCUGAUGAGCAGGAGCUGAAGCGGAUUGCCUUUGCUGACAGUGUUGCAUUCGUGAUGAAGGACUUCCGCAUGCUGCUUCGCAACCCAAAGGCAAUUAUUGAUGCUCUCUCCACUCUUGCUGGGGUGGUGGUGACUGAAGUACCCACUGAGCCAGUGGUGGAGAUAACAACAGUGCAGACUCAAAAAGUCGUCCGAGACAUUGUCUUCCUUGUGGAUGGCUCAAACUACAUUGGCAGCAGCAACUUUCCCUACAUCAGAGACUUCAUGAUCAAUGUGGUCAACCAGCUGGAUGUACGCCCUGACAGGGUCCGGAUUGGUUUAAUGCAGUUUGCUGAGAGUCCAAAAAUUGAAUUUUAUCUGAACAGCUACAGCAACGGGCAAGAUGUCGUGAAUAAAAUCUCUCAACUCAGGCUUACUGGAGGAUCAGUUCUGAAUACAGGUGCAGCCAUGGAUUACGCCCUCUCUAACAUGUUCAAGGCAUCAACUGGGUCACGCAGGAGGCAGGGAGUCCAGCAGGUGUUGGUUCUGAUCACAGGUGGUCCAGCCCAGGAUCAGGUUAAGAGUGUUGCCGAUAAAUUGGCUCUGGCUGGUGUUUUGACCUUCACAGUCAGUUCUGGGCAAGCGGAUGAAGGACUACUGAAGACAGUUGCCUUUGUUCCAGAUCUGGCUUACCAUGAAGCAAGAUUCUCUGGUUUACCAGCUAUGGCUGAACAAAUCAUGCCAAAGUUGAUAACAGUGGUCGGCGAUACAGAUGUGACAACAUUCCCUGAAGAAACUGUGGUUGGAGGUGAAAGGGAUGUGGCCUUUCUCAUUGAUGGCACAGAAAAUGUUCGAGCAGAAUUCAACUACAUCCGGGAUUUUAUCAUUAAAAUCAUUGAACCACUUGACGUUGGUAUUGACAAGGUGCGAGUAUCAGUGGUUCAGCAUAGCGAGAGGCCAACCCCAAAUUUCUACCUCAACACUUUUCAAACCAAGGAGGAAGUGAUAAAUGCUGUCAACUCAAUGUCAGUGGCUGGUGGACGAAGCCUAAACACAGGAGCUGCUCUAAAAUUCAUGAAGGACACAAUCCUGUCUGAGAGGCACGGUAGCAGGGCUGCACAAAAUGUCCCUCAGUUCCUGAUAAUUUUGGCUGGAAGCAGGUCGAGGGAUAAUGUGAGGGAUCCCGCUGGUGCACUUAAGACAGAGGGAGUCGUACCGUUUGGAGUUGGUGUCAAGGAUGCAGACCCAAGGCAGAUCGAGGCCAUUUCACACAACCCUUCCUUUGCCUUCACCGUGAGGGAAUUCAGUGAACUUAGCUCUGUGCCACAGAAGCUCAAUAACUAUGUGAGCCUUCCAAGGGAGGAGCUGACUGUAGUUCUACAGCAAGCUGAGAGGCAGGGCCCCCGAAAGGAUAUCAUUUUCCUCGUUGAUGGAUCUGAAGGCGUUGGACGGGAAUUUCCGAUCAUCCAGGAGUUUAUCCGCAGAAUCGUGGAGAGUCUCAAUGUGGGCGAGAAUAAGAUCCGGAUUGGCGUGGUGCAGUAUGGUGACACUGCUCAGGCUGACAUGUAUCUCAACACACACACAACCAAAGAAGGUGUUUUGAAUGCUGUCAGGGGAAUGAGGCAGCGGGGAGGAAGACAACGUAACCUGGGUCAGGCCUUGCAGUUUUUAAGUCGGGAUGUUCUGACAGCAUCACGUGGCAGCAGGAAGCAAGAGGGUGUACCCCAGUUUGUGAUUGUCGUCUCGAGUGGGUCUUCAACGGACAACAUCCGCAGUGCAGCAACUUCCCUCAAACAGUCAAGAGUUCUUCCCUUCAGCAUUGGGACCAGGGAUGUUAACCCAGCAGAGCUCCAGGUGGUGUCAUACGUGCCUAACUUUGCCUUCACUGUAGAUGACCUCCCCGGCCUGUACACAGUCCAAGAAAACUUGAUCACCACUCUCACUGAGCUGUCAGAUGAUGACAUCAGCAGGAUGCGUCCAGUCUUCCCAACUACUGAAGUAAUCACAACAGAAUCCACAGGAGGAGAAAAGAGGGAUGUCGUAUUCCUGAUUGAUGGCACAACAGCAGUGCGUAGUGAGUUCCCCUCCAUCCGCGAAAUGAUAAGAAGAGUUGUGGAGAAGCUGGAUGUAGGGUUGGAUAAGGUCCGAAUUUCAGUGGUGCAGUAUAGUGAUGACGCCAGGGCAGAUUUUCUUCUGAACGAGUACUCCACCAAAGAUGAAGUACGCCAGGCUGUGACAAGACUUCGAAGCAGAGGUGGGAAUCGUCUAAACACAGGCCGUGCCCUCGAGUGGGUCUACAGAAAUAUCUACCAGAGGACAGCUGGAAGCCGCAUUGAGGACGGUGUGCCUCAGUUCCUCAUUCUAGUCACAGGUGGCAAGUCAACAGAUGAUGUAUCCAGUGCUGCUGACCAGCUUAAGAGAGGCCAGGUUGCACCCCUCGCCAUUGGUUCAAGGAAUGCAGACCCUAAUGAACUGAGACAGAUUUCCCUGAAGCCCGAAUUGGUAUAUACAGUUGACAGUUUCCAGCAGCUUCCAAGAGUGGAGUCACAGCUCAUUGAUUCAGUCAAAACAAUAUCCACUGCUGAUAUCAUCAGUUCUUACACUCCUACCACAGUGGCCGUUGACAUCCUGGAUCUUGGGAAAAAGGACAUUAUCUUCCUUAUUGAUGGCUCAGACAAUACAGGUGCUGCUGGCCUUGCUCAUAUCCGUGACUUCAUCCUAGACAUUGUCAAACAGCUCGAUGUCAAGCCUGAUCAAGUGCGUGUGGCUGUUGUCCAGUAUGCAGACAGAGUUCAGACAGAGUUCUCGCUCAACUCUCACAACAAUAAGCCAGCUGUUGUCUCUGCUGUCAGAAGACUUCGUCAGAUGGGUGGCCGGUCAUCAGAUCUGGCAGACGCCAUUGAAUAUGUCAUAAAGAACGAGUUAAAACCCGCUGCUGGCGUUCGUCUCGCUGAUGCCUCUCAGCAUCUUGUGGUUCUCACAGGUGGACGUUCACCCCAGGAUGUUUCAAUCUAUGGACCUCUGCUUAAGGGCUCCCGGGUCAACUGCAUUGGUGUUGGAUCUGCUGGUGCUGACACAAGGCAGCUGAACCAAAUUGCCACCACACCAGAUGAUGUCCUCCAGGUCCGUGACUUCAAUGGCCUGCCAGCAGUCAAGCAGGGAGUUCUUGAGAGGUUGAGUGGGACAAUCACUGUGGAACCACCCACAGAUCCUUCAACAGAUCUUGCCUCACCCAAAAAGGCUGAUAUAGUGUUUUUGGUGGACGGCUCCAUCAACUUGGGCAGGGACAACUUCAACACAGUGAUGCAGUACAUCUCCAACCUCAUUGAUCUGUUCUUCAGCGAGAGAGAUGACCUGCGGAUUGCCCUGGCGCAUUUUGCUACAGAUGUGAAUGACGUCUUCUUCCUUAACACCUACAACAACAAGCAAGACAUUGUAGAAGCCAUCGGCCGAGCAGAGUACAAGGGUGGACGUACACUUAACACCGGUGCAGCCAUUCGCCACGUUCAAGAUGUUCACUUUACCAGAGAAAAAGGCAGUAGGAUAGAUGAAGGCACUCCUCAGAUCCUAAUGCUUCUCACUGGAGGACGCUCCACUGAUGAUGGCAAAACAGCAGCCCUUGGUCUGAAGAAAAAAGGUGCACGAGUCUUUGCUGUAGGAGUGGGUGACAUUCAGAAUGAGUUAGAAGACUUGGCAAGCGAGUCCACCACUGUGGCUCGAGCAAGCACCUUUAAGGAACUUGACGAGCUCACCGAACAAAUUCUGGAGACCUUGGAUGAUGAAGUGAAAGGGAAGCUGUGUGUUGGUGUGCCAGAAACUUCUAAAUCCUGCAACAUAGAGGUGUUGGUGGGCUUUGAUGUUUCUGCCCAGAACAUCUUCAGUGCUCAGACCAACCUUCAGAGCAAGAUGGGAGCCAUUUUGCAGAGGAUUUCCAAGAUGGCACCUAUCAGUUGCUCAUCAGAUCCCACUGUGCAAGUGGGCAUGCUGGCCAUGGACUCUGCCUCUGAGCCUGUCCAGCUGGAUUUCAAAGACAAUGCUGAUGAGCUCUUUGAAUCCUUCAGAGCCCUACGGAGUCGUGGCCCCUUUGUCCUCAAUGGCAAGACCAUUACAGCUUACAACAAUAGGUUCAAAACCAGACAGGAUGACACUGUCAAGAUUGUCAUUCAUCUGACUGAUGGUCUUGAUGCCCCAUAUAAUGAAAUGAAAAGGCGAGUUGAGGAGCUUCGGCAGUCAGGAGUGAACAGUUUCAUCCUGGUUGGGCUGGAGCGGGUGCCCAAAUUUGAGGAUGCUUUGCUCCUGGAAUUUGGUCGUGGCUUCAGGUACACAAGACCCUUGCGCCUCAACAUCAUGGACUUAGACUAUGAGCUAAUGGAAGAAGUGGACAACAUUGCAGAGAGGGAGUGCUGUGGUGUGCCAUGCAAAUGUACUGGCACCAGAGGAGACAGAGGAGCUGUUGGCCUUCCAGGGUCUAAGGGCAGUCCAGGAUCAGCAGGAAGCCAAGGACAUCCUGGAGAUGAGGGUGGACCUGGAGAAAGAGGUCCUCCAGGUGUGAAUGGAACUCAGGGUUUCCAGGGAUGUCCUGGACCAAGAGGUCUUAAGGGCGGUCGUGGGUAUUCAGGAGAAAAGGGUGAAAAUGGAGAAAUUGGGCUAGAUGGAAUCAAUGGAGAAGAGGGCAAAAGUGGAGUGGCCGGACCCCCAGGAGACGGAGGAAACCCCGGCAGAAGAGGUCCCAAAGGUCUCAAAGGACAAGCAGGAGACAAAGGAGAAACGGGAAUCAGAGGAGACCCUGGUACAAGUGGAAGAGAUAACAACACCCCAGGACCUAAAGGAGAUCCUGGUGAUGCUGGACCAGCGGGAGAGCCUGGCGAGGAUGGAAAGAAAGGAGGCCCCGGUGAAGUUGGAAGAAGGGGUGCUGAUGGCAGAAGAGGCCCACCUGGACAGUCUGGAACCCCUGGAAAGCCAGGUGCUGAUGGUGUUCAGGGAGGGCCUGGUAUUGGAGGAUCUAGAGGUCCAUCUGGACCACCUGGAGCACCAGGACCCAGAGGAGAAGCUGGAAACCCAGGACCCAGGGGUCCCGGAGGUAAACCAGGUCCCGCAGGAGAUAAGGGUAGAAGAGGAGCUCUUGGGCGCAAGGGAGAGCCAGGAGAUCCAGGACCUAAGGGUGUUGUUGGACCUCUUGGUCCCCGUGGAGAGCCUGGUGAUGAUGGAAGAGAUGGAUUUGGUGUUGCAGGGCCUAAAGGAAGAAAGGGUGAUGACGGCUUCCCAGGAUUCCCAGGACCAAAGGGAGAAGCAGGCGACCCCGGCACCAAGGGAGGACCUGGUCGCAGAGGAAAUCGUGGACAGAGGGGAGUCUCUGGGCAGAUUGGUACACCCGGUCAGAAGGGAGAUGUUGGAUAUCCUGGACCAUAUGGUCAGAAAGGACCGAGAGGACCAGGUGUUGUGCAAUGUGACCUUGUUAAGAAGAUCCGAGGCAACUGUCCUUGCUGCUAUGGUAAGGAGGAAUGCCCGCUCUACCCCACCGAGCUUGCCUUCGUUCUGGAUAGCUCUCAAGGUGUUGGCCGCCCAGCCUUCAACAAUAUGCGUGACACAGUUCUGCGCCUCGUCAGAGACCUCACCAUCUCUGAGAGUAACUGUCCAAGAGGAGCUCGUGUUGCCUUGGCCCUGUACAGUAGCGAGGUAACCACUGACAUUCGCUUCUCUGAUGCAAUAAAGAAACGUGCUCUGGUGCAGCGCAUUGAGGGCCUGCAGGUCCCAACAACCAGAAAGGAGCGCAGCUUGGAGACGGCCAUGAAUUUUGUGGCCCAGAGCACCUUUAAGAGAGUACGCAGUGGCUUCCUCAUGAGGAAGGUGGCAAUCUUCUUUGUCCAAGGACCAGCUGGUCGGGCUCAAGCACUUACUAAUGCAGCUCUCCGCCUCCAUGAUGCUGGAAUUGCGACUCUGUUCCUGGUCAACCGUGAUGACAAAGAACUAAGCAGAGCACUGCAGGUCAACAACACAGCACUGGCCCAGGUUAUUGUCCUUCCCAAUGCUGGAAGUGCACAGUAUGAUUCAGUCAUCGAGAAGGUGAUGAACUGCCAUGUUUGUUUCGACUUCUGCGAUCCAGGCCAAAUGUGUGACUACAUUCCCCAACCGCCCAGCCGAGACAGGAGGUCCUCCAUCACAGACGUGGACAUCGACAUGGCAUUCGUCAUGGACAGCUCUGAGUCCACCUACCCAACUGUCUUUACUGAGAUCAAACGUUACAUCGCGCACAUAGUUGAGCAGCUACAAGUGUCUCCAAAUCCUGCUUUAUCUGUUCACCAAGCCAGAGUGUCUGUGAUCCAGCAGGCACCUUAUGAGUUCAUCCACAACAAAACCGGCAUGCCCAUCCAUGUGGAUAUCGAUUUGACCGAGCACAACUCAGCUCAGGAUAUUGUCAAAUUUCUGCUGGAGAAGACACCGCAGUUAGAGGGCGGCAGGGCGCUGGCGGCGGCUGUCGAAUCAACAGUAGAGCAGGUGUUUGAAAAGGCACCCCUCCAGCGUAACAGGAAAGUACUCAUGCUCUUUGUGACAGGAAGUGUGGAAGCAGAGGAGGCACAGCUGGUGCAUAUUGCCACCGAGGUUAAAUGCAGAGGCUACUUCCUGGUCAUCCUGGGUGUGGGUGAGAAGCUGACUGCUGGAGAUGCUCGUGUCUUGUCGCGCAUGGCCAGUGAGCCGUCAGAUGUCUUCUUCAAGCGGUUGGACAGCAUCUCAAGCUUUUACGACAAACACAUCCAGACCUUUGGCACGCUGCUACCAAAGUAUAUCAGCAUUGAAAAUGCUUUCUACAUGUCCCCUGAAGUCUCCAAAAACUGCAAGUGGUUCCAGAGUGACCAGCCACUUAAAAACCCCUUCACAUCAUCACACCAAGAGGAGAAACAUCAGAAACAUCAUGAAAACCACCAGACAGUCCAUCAGCACAGACAGCACAAAGAUGCAGAUGAGCUGCACGUCUCUAAUGUCACCUCCAGCAGCUUGAAACUGCGUUGGACCAGCUCAGACCCCAAGCUCUUUGUUUACUUUGAGGUAGUGGUGACACGGUUACAUGACCAUGCCCUGGUACUGAGGACCAAUGUGUCGGGCACAGAGCUCACUGUGGACAACUUGCAGAGCGCUCAAACAUAUCAUGCUGUUGUCACCGCCCACACUGCAGAGGGUCAAAUUGUCUCCACCCGCAAAGGCAUCAUGACUACCAAAGCAGCAGAGCCCAAACCAGUGCAUAAGCCAGCCAGCCAAGGGACAAGUACUGUAAUAACCGCACCACUGGACAAACCAGAAACUGUGCCAGAGCCUCAGUCAGAAGUGCAGCAGGUUGAACAGGUGAAGAUCAUGCCAGUUCCAGCGGCCUCAACAGCCGUAGACAUUUGCCAGCUUCCCAAAGAGGAAGGUUCUUGCGCCAAAUUUGUCCUCAAGUGGCACUUCGAUGCUGUCAGCAAGAGCUGCACACGCUUCUGGUAUGGAGGCUGCGGCGGAAACCAGAAUCGCUUUGACACGCAUCAGCAGUGUGUGAAGGCUUGUGGAAAACCAGCACCCGUCAACCAAGGCGUCAUCGCUUCAAUAAGAACAUAGGACAAAACAUGGCCAGCUGUCCCCUCUGUUUUGGGGAUUCUGAGGAGAACCAUCUAAAAUGGCCAUACUGUAAGGAAGCAAUACCAAAGCAAUGGUGGCUGCACUGGAUUCCACAAAAAUGGACUUUAUCCCCAACAUUCUUGAAGUAGUCUUUUUAAACAACAAGAAGGAAGGCAACACGAUUUGCUGCAUGAUUUGUUUUAACCUACUGGUGCUACAUAGUAUGUUUGUUUUACCGAUGGAGUUUCAUUCAAUUUUGUAAAGUCCCAUUUUCUGGAACAAUGGCAUCAUAUGAUUUUUUUAAUUCAGUUUUAUAAUUAAGCAAGAAACAUAUAUGAAUAUCUUGGACAGAGAUUAGCAAUAAAUCAGUACAUGCAGGGCUGGCAUUAUUCAAUGCAGUAAACUUUUUUUAUGUUGUUUUUGUUUUACAUUCCACAUUCACAUAGCAACAUUGGCUUUUAUUGAUUUACAUUGUUUUAGAACUCACUUGAUCCCUGUGGAAUCAUUACUUCACUAUUUUACAGUCACAGAAUCCACAGCAAUGUUUACACAGGUCUUGUAUGGUGGUGUGUGUAUUUAAAUGACAGUGACCAAACAUUAAUGUAAUGUUAAGUGCACUUCUGGAUCCACUGCCUCAAACACACAAGUUCCAGCUAUUGAGAAAUGGAAUGUACUUGUCAAGCUGUUUUUAUUUUUUAUUUUUUUGUUUCAUUUGGUUUUACUGAAAUUUGUGUUUCAUCUGGGUAUAGGGGAAAUAAACAUGAAUUAGACUUUCUAAUAAA